ACUAUUUUCUGAAAAAAAAAGGAGAAAAUAACCAUUUGAAAAUUCUCUUUCUUCGAACUCCAAUUAGCUCCAUCUCCCUGCAUCUCCUUCCUCCUCUUAGAACCCUAACUACUCUCCUCCGACAAAACCACCAUCUUCUAGUUGUAUCAGCACCUCCAGUCGGCGGUGUCUCUGCCAACCACCCAUACUUAUCUGCCGCUGCUAUUCUUGUGUGUACUUGGGCCCAGGGUGGGCGCCCCUCCUGACCUGGCUCAAGGACGGGCCUGUUUCUCAGUUCAUGCUUGGUGUUGAUUUAUUACUGUAAUGGACUUGAAUGUCUCACCGUUGCCGGAAGACGAUGAAGAGUAUUGUGAAAAUCAUUUUGGUGAAGAUGUGCCUCGGAAUGAUAACAUAGAGACUGCUGUUCAAACCAUGCGGCGGGAGCGAGAAGAAAGAAGGGAUCGAAUUAAAAGAGAUCCAAUAGAUGAAAGACCAAUGCGGGUAACCCGUCCCUUGGAGCGUGAUGAAGGGCCUGUCUUGAAGAAGUUCAAAACUGAAAGAAACAGGCUACCCCCUGGUUGGUUGGAUUGUCCAAACUUUGGGCACGAAGUUGGUUUUAUUAUCCCAUCUAAAGUUCCACUUGAUGAAAGUUUUAAUGACUGUGUUGGUCCCGGCAAAAGAUAUUCCUUCCGUCAAGUGGUUCAUUUGCUAAGAGUGAAGACUUUUAAAAUUGGUAUGAUAGUUGAUUUGACAAAUACAGAUCGGUAUUAUUCAUCGAGUGAUUUUAAGAAAGAAGGUCUUAAAUAUUUAAAGAUUCGGUGCCAGGGGCGUGAUUCUGUACCAGAUAACGAGUCUGUAAACAUCUUUGUCUUUGAGGUUGCACAAUUUAUAUUCAAUCAAAGUGAGAGACAGCCCAGGAAGUAUGUAUUUGUCCAUUGCACUCAUGGGCACAAUCGAACUGGUUACAUGAUAGUUCAUUAUUUGAUGCGUACACAGCAAGCUAGUUCUGUUACUGAGGCUAUAGAAAGAUUUGCAAAAGCUCGGCCUCCAGGGAUCUAUAAACAAGACUACAUUGAUGCAUUAUAUGCGUUUUAUCAUGAAACUAGAAGUGACUUAGUAGUAUGCCCUGAUACCCCAGAGUGGAAGAGGUCCUCUGAUUUUGAUCUAAAUGGUGAAGCUCUUCCCGAAGAUGAUGAUGGUGUUCCAUACGCUUCUACCAAUGAAAAACCAGAGAAUGUUGUAAGAUUGACCAAUGAUGAUGUCUUGGGGGAUAAAGUACCUGAUCAGCAAGAAUAUCAAUUGCAGAGAUUUUGCUGCGAAAUCCUUAAAACUGUGGGGAGGGGAACUGUACAAUUUCCAGGGUCACAUCCAGUGUCUCUUGACAGGGACAAUUUACAACUGUUAAGGCAGCGAUAUUAUUAUGCUACAUGGAAAGCUGAUGGCACAAGAUAUAUGCUCCUCCUUUGUCCCGAUGGGGCUUACCUAGUUGAUAGAAGCUUUAAAUUUCGGAGGGUCCAGAUGCGGUUUCCAUGCAAAAAUAUGACAGAUCUUCACCAGUAUACGUUGCUUGAUGGAGAAAUGAUUAUUGAUACUAUUAGUUCCGAGAGGCAGGAGAGGAGAUACCUGAUCUAUGACUUGAUUGCUAUCAAUCGUGUGUCCCUUGCUGAGAGGCCUUUCCAUGAGCGUUGGAAACUGAUUGAGAAAGAGGUGGUUGAGCCCCGUAAUCUAGAGCGGCGGAGUAUGGACUUAAAUGGCAAGCCAUACAGAUAUGAUCUUGAACCAUUUAGGGUUAGAAGGAAGGACUUUUGGUUGCUGUCAACUGUUGGCAAACUUUUGAAGGAAUUUAUCCCUAACCUUUCACAUGAAGCUGAUGGCCUUGUUUUUCAGGGCUGGGAUGAUCCCUACGUUCCUAGGACACAUCAAGGCCUCUUAAAGUGGAAAUAUCCUGAAAUGAACUCAGUUGAUUUUCUCUUUGAGAUAGGAGAAGAUGGCGCUGAAAAUCUUUGUCUAUAUGAUCGAGGGAAAAAGCGAUUGAUGGACAACAACAGGGUUAAAUUUGGAGAUGGUAUAGAUCCCUCUGCUUACGCUGGUAAGAUUGUUGAAUGCUCGUUUGAUUCAGAGGAAAACAUGUGGGUUUGCAUGCGAGUGAGGACUGAUAAGACAACUCCCAAUGAAUUCAACACCUACAGGAAGGUUAUGAAAAGUAUAACAGACAAUAUAACUGAGGAGGUGUUGUUGAACGAGAUAGGGGAGAUCAUACGCUUACCCAUGUAUGCUGAUAGGAUUCAAAGUGAUAGCAGAGCCAUGAAGAAAGGGAAACAGCCAGCACAGAGAAAGAUGUGAGUGAGGUGAAUCGGUUAUCUGUCUGUGUUUGUGUUAACAGCAACACGCAUUUAGUGCAGCAAUUGGUUGUGUAAUUAGGCAUAUUGGUAGCUUGUAUAUUAUCAUCACAUAAUUGUUAGCCAAGGGAUUUAAAGUCUUGAUAGUUAGAUUAGAAAUUUUAGUCCUUGAAGAAAAUAUAUUAGGAGAUGUAGUGAUAGGUUAUUUGUGUAUAUUAUCAUAAGUUGUCUAUCUUCCCUUCUCUCU